UUGGCUGUCAGUUUAAAAUAAUGACCGUAAUGUUGAAGAAAUGGUAUCGUUCAAAGAAAUACAUAGUUAUCAUGAUAAUUGUAAUAGUUUUUUGCCUUCUUUAUUACACAAGCUUGGGCGAGAAUAUACCCCGCGAGCCAGACUUGGAUAUUACAAGGCAACCUAUGCCAGAUCGUAGUGCUGUCUGUAAUUCGGUUGUGGGGCCUGAUAACCCUGACAAAAGAGACUCUGUGAGACAAUAUAUAGAAAAUAAGUUGCAAGAAGCACUCAAAGAGGACAAAGGUACUGGAUGCGAAAUACCCAAACUGGAUCCAUUCGCGGCGGAGGUGACCCAAUUCGACAAGGACCUGCCCAAGGUCGUAUGCAAGGGCAGAGAUUGGGUCAAAUGUUUUCUUUCAGAGUGCAAAGUGGUUCCGGACAUAUUGUCGACUACCAAGGACAUAACCUGUACGUACAGAGACAUCAUAUACCACAGUGACAACGAGUACGUAUUGGGACCGCCGACUGACGUCCGGGAUGGCGGCGUGUACCACCUGACGAGAAGCGACCACGUCAAGAUCAAAUGCGUAGGCACGCAUCUGCAUAGCAUCCUUCCGUCGAGAUGGUCAGGUCAUUCGCUGGGAUUCCGGUCGACGGUGGCGGCGCCGCCCCCCGACCGCGAUGACGCUCUCGACGUGCUCAUAUUCGGGUUCGAUUCCACGUCGAAGAACGGCUUCAUAAGGAGUAUGCCGAAGAGCUACAAAUACCUGACCGAGGAGCUGAAUGGCUACGUUCUAGACGGGUACGGCAUACUCGGUGACGGCACGCCUGCCGCCUUAUUCCCCAUACUCACGGGCAAGAACGAGUUGGAGCUACCAGACGUCAGGAAGAAGACGAAGAACGGCAACACCUUAGACUGUAUGCCGUUCAUAUUCAACCAACUAAAGGGGGACGGUUACCGCACGGCAUAUUUCGAGGACAUGCCCUGGAUAGGAACGUUUCAGUACCGGUUUAAUGGUUUCCUCCAUCAGCCGGCCGAUCAUUACUUGAGGGCAUUCUACCUCGAGGAGUCGAACAGAGGCAAGAAGUGGUGGAGGGGCAGCAACAGCAAGUACUGCAUAGGAGACACUCCUCAGUACAAGCUAAUGAUGAACAUUACCGAUCAGUUCUUUCGUUUGGACGGCAAGAAGUUUUGCUUCACCUUCAUAGCCGACAUAACUCAUGAUGACAUCAACAUGAUAUCGACAGCUGACGAUGACACUGUCGACUUCUUGAAGCUGUUCAAGGAACAAGGAAGGCUUGAGAACACCAUGCUAUUCGUGAUGGGCGACCACGGACCCAGGUACUCGAAGGUCCGCAACACGCUGCAAGGCAAGCUGGAGGAGCGUCUACCGCUGAUGGUGGUGGUCCCGGCGGCGCGGCUGGUGCGCGCGCGGCCCGCCGUGCUCGAAGCGCUGCGACACAACCGCGCCGCGCUCACCACGCCGCACGACGUGCACGCCACGCUGCUCGACGCGCUGCGCCGCCCCGCCCCGCCCCCCGCCUACACCGUGCCCGGCGCCGACCUGCCGCGCGCGCUCUCCCUGCUGCAGCCGAUCCCGCGGAACCGGUCGUGCAGCGAGGCGGGCAUUGAGCCGCACUGGUGCGCGUGCAUGCGCUGGAGCCCCGUGCCCCCCGCCGACCCGCUGCACGCCGCCGCCCCCCGCGCGCUACUGCAAUACAUCAACACGCUCACCGAGCCCAAAAGAGCGUCGUGCGUCCCCCGCACGCUGUCCGCGGUGCACUGGGUGCUGAGGGCCCACGCCAACAGUAGGGUGCUCUCCUUCAUCGAGGCCAAGGACGCGGACGGCUACGUGGGGAAGUUCGGGGCCAAGCUCAAGGUCAACAGGGAGAACUUGCAGGUCAAGAUCUCCGUCGGUCCCGGCGAGGGGAUAUACGAGGCCUCGCUCGCGUACCUGAGAAAGGAGGACAAGUUCCUCAUCGAGUCCAGAGACAUAUCCAGGACGAACGCGUACAACGACGAGCCCAGCUGCAUCAGCGCCACGCACCCCCACCUCAACAAGUACUGUUACUGCAAAAUAUAGUACACUCACUAGUAACUAAUCUCGAAUAUAAAUUUGAAAGAUGAGAUUUUCUAUUCAUCAUAAUACUAAUCAACAGUAACAGUGCUGGCACGGCUCAGCGGGACCGCGCGGGGUGUCGCCAGUACAUACGCAAAUAUUACUCACUAGACUUACAAGAUUGUGCUCGCAGUUAAAUCUACAUGUAUAUAUAAGAAAUCGCUUGACCCGGUCGCGUCUCACGCCUCAAUGACGUGCACACAGUAUUCCACUAUACUAGUGAUGUGGUCAAGGAACACAGAGCACCAUAGGGAUGUGGAUAUUCGAUAAACUAAAUAGAGAUCCAUCAACUAAAAGCAAAUAUUCUGGUCAUAUUGUUUAUGUUAAAAACGUGUUAUAAUCUCGUGGUGGAAUCUCUUUUUGUCGCAAUUUUUUUAUUUAUUUGUUAUAUAACGACUGUACUUAAAUUAGAAUUAGAAAUAAUGUUACCAAAGUUCAAAAUUUGUUAUGUCGUUGAUUGCGUCGUGAGCUUUAAAAAGCUCCCUGCGCGACUGUCCUCUGGGGGCUUAGGGUUGGCCCUUUGUGAGGCUCAUCAGUGCUCAUGCGCACUUUAAAGAAGUCGAAUCUUGCCUCUCGAAAAUACCUCAUCCGCACCGUCAGCAUGUCCAUGCUUAGGGACAACAUUGGGACUUGGUAUUCAUUGGUCUUGAUCUCAUGCGGCCUCACGGACAUGAGUUAAUGGUAGGCAGCGGCUUGGCUCUACCCCUGGCAUUGCUGAUGUCUAUGAGCGACGGUAACCACUUACCAUCAGGUGGGCCGUAAGCUCGUAUGCCUACAAAGUCAUCUGUUAUCUACGUGGGUGAAACUAGGGAUUGGCUGAUGGUGCAUCAAAAUUUAUUAGGUUUUCAAUAAAUUGCAAUAUAUAUUGCAAGCACGAAUAUAUAUUUUUUUUUGGGUUAGGUCAUUUUUGCGCUGACGACCGCAAAUCGCCUCCCAAGCCCCCAUUUAUUUUCUGGGUCUCUUACUGCCCCCAAGACCUUGCGCCCACAAGGGGGCGUUAUCGCCCACUUUGGAAAACGCUGCCUUAUAUCAACUAUAAUAAUGUUUUUUAUGCAUUAAACAACUUUCUCGCGCACGUUGGUUAUACAUGUGUAUAUAGGCUAACAUAAUGCCAAUUAAUAUAUAUAAUAUUAUAAUUAUUUAGAAAUCUUAAAAUCAUUAACGAUUUUGGGCGGAACUUCUCAAUAAUUUUAAAUUUCUGUAACAUUCUCAUUACGAAAUACUCCUAUAUUAAAAAACAUUUAUGAAGUUAAUUAAUUUAUUUAAAUUUUUAAGAGAGAAAAAAAAACAUUUAUAAUUAAUAUAUAUUGAGGGUGGAACGGUUAUUUGGUUUUGCAAUUUUUGCAAUUUUAAUUUGGAAAAAAAUGUCACAAUAAAAAAAUAUCUUCAGCCAUUUGAAUAGAGUAAACUUAAUUGAGGUUCAAUUAAAAAUAUCGAAUUUUUGAUGCUGAUACCAAAUAAAAUGCACCCUUAAUUACAAAAGUAAAAUGUCGCUCAAACCGAUUAUCAUUUCACCCCUCGACAUGUAUAUAUUAUACAUAUUCUAAAUUUUUGUAUAGUAAUGUUUGUCUAUAGUUUAUCUUGUUAUAACUUUGCGCACAUGGCGCAGUGGCGCUGUAUUUUUUAAGGCUCUUUAAGACAAAUAUUGUGUUUGCAUGGAAACUAGCGACAUCUUGUGGCGGAUGCCCCUAAACUUAUAUGUUGUUAAAGUUAAGGCAUUUAAUAACUGUUUAACUUACUAAACACAGAAAAUAAAUAAAAAACCAUACAAGUCUUUAUUUGUUAUAGAUAAAUUGAUUAAAUUUUAUCAAGUUGUGGUUAUUAAAAAUUUACAAAAUCCUUUAUCACAAAUAAAAUAUAGGUUAGGUAAUAUGUUGCUGCCAUCUACAGGAGCAAUAAGAAACUAAUCGAAGCGAAGCCAUCUAGUGGCCGACGCCGCUAAACAUUUUUUGUUGAGUGCUCGAGUUGCUUAUCUAUAAUUAAUUUAUGUGUAUUAUCUAUGGCAGCGGUCAGGGAACCGGGGGGUAAAUUAUCCCAAAUGGGGUAAGAUGAAAUUUUGUGGGGGGUAAAAAUGAAACUUUUGUCAGUAAAAAGUAUAUAUUGAAGUGAAACUUCUUUAGAAUCGUUGUGAUUUCAAAUUAUCAUGGGGCCUAUAAUAUGAAAGAUGCUAAAAGGAAGCGAUUUCGUUUUUUUUUGUUCUUCGCCAUGGGGUAAGAUCAACUUGCACAUAAAAAGUUUUUUUUUUUUUUUAUGUACACACAGAAAAGAAGACAUAGUACAGAGUAAUAGGAAUAUUAUGUACAAAGGCACUGCUUAUUUCUUUAAGAAAUCUCUUCCAGCAGACCUGCGAGAGAAUUAAUGAGAAUAAUAAUAAAAGAUGAGUGUGUGUAGAACAAAUUCAACAUGAGAAAUAUUUUGGGGUAAUAAUUAAAAAAGUUCCCCGACCACUGAUCUAUGGUGUUUGUCUCGAGGUGCGUCGCUGGGCGCGUCCGCGUGCUCCCACAGAACCGCGAUUUCAUUGUCUGUAUUACUUAUUCGAGUCAAUUUAGUCUUAAGAACUCUCACAAUACGGUCUGUUUUAAUUAAAUACCAAUGAUUAAUAUAUAGCAUUAAAUGUAGGUAUUAUUUUGUUAGAGGGCAAGGUCUACUGAAUGAGCUAGUGAUGUCUAUGGACUCUUAUUAAUAUCUAACGUCAAGCAACAGCAAUGGCGGAUCCAGGGGGGGGGUCAUGGGGGUCAUGACCACCCCCUGAGCUGGUUCCAGGACUUAGGUGGACCACUAAUUGAAUAUAAUGAUUUUAUUUAUAUAUUUUGUCACCAUACAGAUUUUAUUUAACUACAUACCUUCAAUAUUUAAUUAAUUUAAUAUAAUAAUAUAAUAACUUUGUAUAAUGGCAAACGCUUGGGAACGAACGCAUCUAAAUUUGACUAUGUGACCCCCUCCUGGCGCCAAAGCUGGAUCCGCCCUUGAGCAACAGGUUGACUGGUGGUAGGACCUCUUGUGAGUACGCACGGGUAGGUACUACCACCCUACCUAUUUCAGCCGUGAGCAGUAAUGCGUUUCGGCUUCUUAUUACCAUAACGACUUUCAAGAUCUCGAGUUGAUGUUUUAGUCCUGAGCUAAAUCGUGUUUUAUAUUAGUUAUAACUACAUUAAUAUUAUAUUAAUUAAAAAUAAACAAUUUCAGGUUACAAUCUGAUUUCCUAUUUUUUGUUGUUGUUAAGCGACUUAUAUUAUGUUUUAUUUUUAUGUACAUCAUUUGAGAUGCAGUAUGCAUGAUUUUGUGCAGGACUUUCUGAAAACUUUAAUUUGUAAUAACAACACAUUUAGUGACUUAAUUAACAACUAAUGUAAACUAUAUUUUUUUUUUUUUAGUGCCAUUGUAGGCAGACGAGCGCACGGCCCACCUGAUGGCGAGUGGUUACCGUCGCCCAUGGACAUCAGUAAUGCCAGGGGCAGAGCCAAGCCGCUGCCUACCGCUAGCUUAUAUAGAUACAUAUAUAGAUUAUAUAGAUAGAUAUAUACAGAUAUUCUGAUUCUCACAUUAAUUUAAUUCACUCUUCAUUUAGUUAUUAUAUUCUUGUGAUACUUUUCAUUCUUGACCACAAAAUAUUAGGUAAGACAUAGUUUUAUUAACAAACAUUGUAUUUUUAGUAACAUUAAUCGGUAGACUUGCCUAUACAUAAAUAAAUUUGUCAGUGAAUUA